AUGUCGCGGCAGAGUGGGCCAACAAGCACUUCGUGGAGGUCAACGUUGGCUCUGACGAAGCGCUCCCUCGUUGGUACAGGGGGGGGGGGCGCCCCGGUCACUAUGGAACGCUUUCCCACCCUUUUGGGUGUCAUGUUACAGAGCAGCCGGGGCAUGAGCAGUGCCCACACCGUUUGCCCGCAUCGGGCAGCGAGCCAACGCCUGCUCCGCUUGGCAGCGAUUUCGUUGUUUUUGAGGGCGGAAGAGGGAAACCCUGCGCGGGUUAUGCCUUGCCCUGCCCCGGGCGAGGGCCGUGUACACGGCGUCGGGGUGUGGCAUUGGGGCUCCUUCCCGGCGUCUCACCCUGCACUCCACUAG